AUGGUAGGACUUUCAACGGAUAGUCGGAAUACUGGAUUCUCGGAGAAAAGAAGUGGAGAAAGGCGGAAUAAGGCAGUCCUAGUCGAAAUCGUAAUCAUGGUUGCAGAUGAGAUGGCAGAAUGGUACAAUGGUGCAAGGCAAAGAGUAAGGCAAGCCGAACUCCCCGUCGGAAUACUCGGGCAGGAUGCUUAG